GUAACUAUGCAAUGCAUGGUCUCUCUCUCUCCUCUUAUAUAUCUCUCUCUAUAUAUAAGGAAUGACACAAAACAGCAGAGCUUAAGAUUGAGGAGAGAGAAUGAGAGUCAGAGAAAUGGAUUGGAACCCAUUUUUGUUUUUGGAUCAAAGGCCAAUCUGCUUGGUAUUGACUGUGUUUUCCUUCUCUCUCAUCAGUUCUCUUUCACUAACUUAUGGGUAUGAUCCAUUGGAUCCUAAUGGAAACAUCACUAUCAAAUGGGAUGUUAUGCAAAUGAAUGAAGAUACACAAGAUGUAAGAGUAGUCAUUUUCAAUUACCAGAUGUACCGACAUAUCGAGCCACCGGGUUGGAGGCUAAGUUGGACAUGGCAGGGGGAUGAGGUAAUUUGGAAUAUGUGGGGUGCUGAAACUACUGAACAAGGCAAUUGUUCAGCUUUCAGGGGAAAGCAACUUCCUCAUUGUUGUGAAAAGAAGCCAGUUAUUAUUGACCUUAUGCCUGGAGUUUCUUACAAUAAGCAAGUUGCUAAUUGUUGCAAAGGAGGGGUAUUAUCGUCCAUUAUACAAGGCCCGAACUUGUUUGGCGCCGCUUUUCAGAUGAAUGUUGGUGCUUCCACUACCUCUACAAAUAUUUCAAUGCCGGGAAAUUUCACUCUUGGGCUUGUUGGUUAUACUUGUGGAGAUCCGGUUGAGGUUGCGCCGAGCAAGUUUAUUGAGGAUAAUGGCCGGCGACAAACUCAAGCUCUUGCCACAUAUAAUGUGACUUGUUCAUACUCUCAAUUUCGCGCUUCACCGACUCCAACUUGUUGUGUUUCCUUGUCUGCAUUCUACAAUGAAACCAUCGUUUCAUGCCCUCUCUGUAGUUGUCGCUGCCAAGGACAACCUGAAGCAAAAUGUGUAAGGCCCGGUGACUCACCAUCAGUGUUGCAAUUGCCUAAUGAAGCUCCACAGCCAAUAGUGCAGUGUACACAACACAUGUGCCCAAUAAAAGUGCACUGGCACGUUAAAGUAAGUUACACGCAGUAUUGGCGGGUCAAAAUCACAGUGACAAACUUGAAUUAUGCAAAGAAUUAUAGCCAAUGGAACUUGGUGGUGUUACAUCCCAACAUGCGAAGUGUGACAGAAGUUUUUAGCUUCAACUAUAAGGCACUCAAUCAAUAUGGUGACCUAAACGAUACGGGGAUGUUUUAUGGUAUUCAGUACUACAACGACAUGUUACUCCAAUCAGGGUACAACGGAAAUAUACAAACUGAGAUGGUACUUCACAAAGAUACAGGGAUUUUCACUUUCAGGGAAGGAUGGGCUUUUCCAAGAAAAAUUUCCUUCAAUGGUGAUGACUGUGUCAUGCCCUCUCCAGAUGACUACCCAAGGCUCCCAAACAAUGGCCACCUCAGUGCACCAUUUACAUUCAGCAUAAUUGUUUCUUCAUUAUUGUUAAUUGUAGUAUUGUUUUGAAAAAUUAAAAAAUAUAUAUUUUGACUCUUGUUUUUAAGUACACAUUUUAUUUUAUUUUAUUAGCAUUUUACUUGUAAUGUUUUCUAAAGUUUUGAUCUAGAUCAGAUCAUGUAGAUAGAUAUUUGUCCAGAAAACCCCUAAAUAUUUCACACCAAAACACAGUUCUUCAGGAAGACAAUGAUAAUGAAAAAUCAACCAAGAGACAGAAGUAGAGAGAAAUAGAGGAAACAAAAGGGGUUCAAAAGGACAGAUUAAUCCUAUGAAUCAGCGUACAGUGCAUUUAUCAAUACCAAACUCCAAAUGGUGAACAAGUUCCAAAACAAAGAAAGGGAAGAGAAUUAUCACCGUCCACCUUAGCGGUCAAUUACCUUGUUUCGAUGUUAAAAUUGAGUUGCUACAUUACAUCCCUAACCAUAUUGUAAACAGUAGCCUUGUGCACUUCAUAUGACAACAUUUAAUCAUAUUUCCUGAGGACAUGCACAUAAAUACCAAAAUAUCACGACGAUA